AUGAACCUAGAGUUCCUACAAACUCUUCAUGGGUUUAUCAAUCUUCUUCAAGUGUGUUUUGGUUUUGCGGCCAUCUUUGCCUCAUCGCUUAUAUGGGUGGAUUCGAGUGUUUAUUUCCAGUUUAUUUAUAAGGGUUUUGGAUGGCAGACACUGAUUCUAUUCAUUUUGGUGGUCACAUUCAUUUUCUCCUUUACAAUUCUGCUUUCCAAUAUUUUCGGCAAGGAUGUUCUGGGAAGCAUAGGCAAGAAAAAGCUACUGCUGUUGUACGCGAUAUGUACAUUUUUGCUUACUGUGUCUGCUUCAUUGGAGACUUGGUAUAUCGGUCUCUCCACUGGCUACCUACACAAUCGUUUCAUUACAGUUACGGUGUUCAACUGGCUUCUCGUGAUUAGUUACAUUAUUCUGAUUGUGGUCACAUUACUGUUUAUGUAG